AUGAAGAACCAGUGGAGCCGGACAGCGAGCCCAGGGGAGCGUGGGAGAGUCGCCUUGUAUAGCGGGGAGCGGAGGGCCCGACAGGAGACCAGGGCCAAUAAGAAGUGGGUCAGACUGGCCACCGUGCUGCUCUACAUCCUGACCGUGUCUCUGGCGGCUGUCGUCCUCGUCCUGUACUACAGCCUGAUCUGGACACCAACGGCUGCACCAGGACUGACCAGGACAGGGGCAUCGGGAACCACGACCUCAGGGACCAGGACAAAAGAGUCAUCAGCAUAUAAUCCCAACUCUGCUGGACCUGAUCACAGCUCACAGUAUCCAUCCACCAGAGCAGCCAGACCGAGUCAGGACCAAGUUGGCUCCUCAUCCCCAGCCCUGAUCUCCACGGCGGCCCCUCCUGUGACCGUAGAGGAUCCUUCUAACCUUCCCACACAUCCAGCCAGGGACCGUGGAGAGGAAAUCGAAGGAUCUGCAAGUGAACCUCCUGGUCCCUUCACUAAGAGGGAGAAACCGGAAGAUGAUUUUUAA